AUGACCAGUCACCUUGUAGUUCCUGAUAAAAAUCAAUUUCAACGCAUUCUUCGUUUAUUAAAUAGCAAUGUUGAUGGUAAGACAAAGGUAAUGUUUGCCUUAACUGCUAUCAAGGGUGUUGGUCGUCGUUAUUCUAAUUUGGUUUGUAAAAAGGCUGAUGUCGAUCUAAAUAAAAGAGCUGGUGAGUUAACCAAUGAAGAAUUAGAACGUAUUGUGACCAUUAUUCAAAAUCCUACACAAUACAAAAUUCCUGAUUGGUUUCUCAACAGACAAAAAGAUAUAUUUGAUAGAAAAAAAUCACAAUUGUUGCUAAUGGAUUUGAAACUUGAUAUUCCUACCAGUACAAUAAAUGAUACUAUCAAACAGUAUAAAGAAACAGGUUUUGCAACACCUGAAAAAUGUCCCAGUUGUCCAAAACUGCUCACUCAAUUUAGAAAAUAUCUUCAUGAUGAGGGUCUAGUAAGAGUAUGGAGAAAACCAGGGGAAGCUUAUAAAGAGGAUUGUAUUCAACCUACAGUUAAAUUUGGUGGAGGAACUGUGAUGUUUUGGGAGUGUUUUGGUUGGCAUGGUGUCAGACCUUUGAUUGUGUUGGGAUCAACAGCCGUAGGUAUCCAAACAUCUCAAGGAGUAGUAUUAGCAGUUGAAAAACGAGUUACUUCGCCAUUAUUGGUAUCAAGUAGUAUUGAGAAAAUCAUGGAAAUUGAUAGACAUUUGGGUUGUGCCAUGAGUGGCUUAACAGCUGAUUCUAGAACAAUGAUUGAUCAUGCUAGAGUCGCUGCUCAAAGUCAUACUUUUACUUAUGCUGAAAAGAUCAAAGUGGAAUCGGUCACUCAGGCAGUAUGCGAUUUAGCACUGAGAUUUGGUGAAAGUGCUCACGGAGAAGAUUCAAUAAUGAGUCGACCAUUUGGUGUUGCAUUAUUAAUUGCAGGAAUUGAUGAGAAAGGUCCUCAAUUAUAUCAUGCAGAUCCUUCUGGAACUUUUAUGCAAUAUGAUGCUAAAGCAAUUGGAUCUGGAUCAGAAGGUGCACAAACUGAAUUACAAGAAGAAUAUCACAAGUCGUUGACAUUGGAAGAAGCUGAAACAUUAUCACUUAAAGUGUUGAAACAAGUGAUGGAGGAAAAAUUAAAUAAUACAAAUGUAGAACUUGCAUCUGUAACACCAGAACGUGGGUUUAGGAUUUAUAGUGAAGCAGAAUUACAAAUAGUAAUUGAGAGAUUAUAG